AUGGGUCGUUGCGCAGAAAUUCGACUUCGAAAGUGGUCCGACAGAGACCUGACCUCAGUGAGCCUCAAGUAUAAGGAGUUGGUCAGAUGUGAGUAUGCAUAUGUGACAGAGUAUAACGCCCUCCCUGGUGAACAUGUGCUGCUGACUGACCGCUACACUGAGCUGCUGAUUAUUCAGAGACACAGAGAACAGAGUGAGAGAGAGGAAGAGAUUUGCUCCACCGGAGAGGACUUCUUCAGUAUGAUGGCCGAUGAGAAUUGCAUCACUGUGGAGCAGUUUUUCAGUCCAGAUGAUCACGGGCUCAUUCCAAAAGCAGUUGUUCUCCAGGGAAACUCUGGAAAUGGCAAAUCAUUUACUACACAGAAGAUUAUGUUGGACUGGGCAUCUGGAACACUCUAUGCAGAGAAUUUUAAUUUUAUUUUUCACCUGAAGUGUAAAGAGAUUAACCAAAUGUAUGAGAGGAGGACUCUGGUGGAACUCCUGAGAUACGGUCAGACUUUAACACCAGCACAGAUCUCACAGAUAUUACAGCACUCACCAGAGAGAGUUCUCUUCCUCAUAGACGGCUUUGAUGAGCUCAAACUCUCACAAGACAACAUGUCCAACCUGUCUCUGCCCACUGAUGUCCAAACUCCAGCCUCACCUGUGUCCACUCUGAAAGCCCUACUGAGUGGACGCCUGCUGCCUGAGUCCUUCCUGCUGGUCACCACCAGGUCUACAGCUACAGACACACUGAGCAAACUGCUCAGAAAACAACCUCAGCGUUUCACAGAGAUUAUGGGCUUCUCUGAGAGGGGGGUGGAGGAGUACUUCCAGAGGUUCUUUAAAGAUGAUCAGCUCUUACAGACACAGGCAUAUGAGCAUGUGAAGGCAAAUGAAACCCUCUUCACUGCCUGCUUCAUCCCUGUGAUCUGCUGGAUCAUCUGCACAGUUUUCAGGGAGAGACACAAUGAUGGUACAGAAUUAACCAAUGGUUUGGAUACAACCACCUCCAUAUAUGUUGACUUUGUGUCCACUCUGCUGGAUCACCACUGCCAGGGUUUGAGUCAGUCUGUCCCCAGCCUGCUGAGGAGUCUGGGCCAGCUGGCAGAGAGAGGAAUGAUGGAGCAGCAAGUCCUGUUUGAUAAGAAGAGUGUGUCUGAGACAGUCUCAGAUCCUGCUAACAUUCCAUUCCUGUGCAAAUUUCUCAUUAGGAGAAGAAUCCGUCAAGAGACAAUGUUCAGUUUCAUGCAUCUCAGUUUUCAGGAGUUCUUCACUGCUCUUUACUAUGUCUCCUUGAAUCAAGAGGGGUCCCAGAACAUAGUCAGAGACCUUCUGCAAUCUGCAGAAGACAGCAAACCACAACUCCUGCCAAUGAUACAUUUUCUCUGUGGUCUGUGUAAUGAGGAAUUGAGCACUUCUCUUCUGGAAAAACACAGACUAACGGUUUCUCCCAACGUUAAAGUGCAGUUGAAGGAAUGGAUCCUCAGUAUCAGUCCGCAAAAUUUUUUUGCUUUCUUUGUGUGGAAUUACUUUUUCCACUGUCUUUAUGAGCUCCAUGAAGAUGACUUUGUGAGGGAAGCAAUGGGGAGUUGGGAAAACAUUGAUUUUGCUGGUGUUCCCCUGAGGAGGACAGACUGCAGGGUGCUGGGAUACUGUCUACAGUUCUGUCCACGCAUCAGAAGACUCUCUCUCUAUGGCUGCAGUAUCACACCAGAGAAACUGGAGAUUCUUCAGCCUGCAGUGUGCAGGAGUGAGGAGUUAGACUUGCACGUGGAGGACCUGACAGAUGUUGAUGUUGGUGUUCUGGUCUCAGCUCUUGGAGAGGGAAAGGACAUCAAUAUACUGAGAGUUAAAGUGAAUGAGGACAGUUUUGAGAGUCUGUUAUCGAAGCUCAGUGUGGAAGUCACAGAUGUAGAUUUCUGUUCUCCAGAGUUUGAUGACCAGCUGGAUGCUCUGCUGUCUUUCCUGAACUCUGUGUCUGGUCUGAAGAAAGUGGGUCUGAAUGUGAACAGUCUGACUGAGAGCUGGGCUUCCAGGAUCCUCUCCCUCAUCCAGACCUGCCCCAGUCUAGAGCAAAUCAAGUAA